AUGGAUUUUCGCAAAGUAACGCCUGAUUCUAUUAAUUAUAUUAAAAAGGCUAGCACGGCCGACCAGGCAAGACUCUAUGUCAAAUUAACAAAACUCCAUCGUAUUGCUGCCCAAAAUGUUUGGUUCAAUCAGCAGUGCAAACAACUUCAUGUUAUUCCCAAUUAUAUUCAAAUACGUUCCAGCACAAAUAGUCGAGCGGCCAGUAUUGCUAUUUCUAAAGCUCAGAACAUUUGGCUUAAUGAGGAGUGUCAUCGUUGGUUUUCCAAUAGAGAUAAUUUAAAAAUCCACCUUAAAGUAUUAUACUCGGAACUUUCAUAUAACUUACAUAAUAUUGAAUUUGAUAUUUUGGAUGGGAAAGCCAGAGAACUUGCUUCAAUGGCUGUUUAUGAGAAAUAUCAAAUUCAGUCCCGUAAAUUACAACGACUUGUAUCCUGUUCAUCCCGUAAUCGUAAUAACGACAUACAUACAGGAUAUCACCAAUUUUAUCCCCGAGUUAAAAAUCUUUCCGAUGUCCAGUUUCCAACAGAUGAGUUGUCCCUUUUACAUAAAGGCCUAAAGUAUAAUUUAACACCUUCGGUCUCCCAAAAAUCGUUAGAGACUAUGGCUGUUGACGCGGAGGUGGCUGUUGUGAUCGGGAAGAAAGAUAACAUCGUUAAAAGUUUGGUAGCUAAUGAAAUUCGGGCUGUGCCCGCGUCUUCCCAUUUCAAUCCUGAGUUCCCUGUUUUUAAGUCCCUAAAGCAGAGAAUAAGGGAAAACGACCUUAUUGUUACUAAAGCCGAUAAAGGCAAUACUGUUGUUAUUAUGGAGAGUAGUGGGUACAGCCAGAAAGUUAACGAUGUCAUCCAAGGUGAUGACUUUGAGGUAUUGGAGUCUGACCCAACCAAAAAGUUUACUUCGGAUAUUAAGUUAUGUAUACAACAGUCAUCAUAUGUUUUUCCCGAUCACAACUUGUCUCGGAGCAAUCUUGAUCCAAUGAAUCCUCAAGCACCCAUUUUAUAUGGGUUACCAAAAAUACAUAAAGAACAUGUUCCUAUUCGUCCAGUUGUCUCAUAUAUUGGUACACCAGCUUAUUUCCUUGCUAAAAAAUUAAACUUCCUCCUUCGAGAGAAAUCUGGUUUCAACCCCACUUACAGCCUAAAAAAUGGCUUAGAUCUCAUUUCCAAAAUUAAAGAUAUUCGUAUUCCUCCUAAAUCCAUAUUGUUAUCUUUAGACGUUGAUAGUCUUUUCACAAAUGUCCCAUCCCCUGACUGUUUGCGUAUACUCGCAGAUCUCUUUGAAAAACGUCGUCUACAUCCCGGGGAAACAAAUGAUCUUCUUAACUUAACCUCUCUCUGUAUGAAACAAAACUAUUUCCGGUUUAAUAACCGUUUCUAUCUACAAAAAGAAGGGUUAGCUAUGGGGUCCCCUCUAAGUCCCCUUAUGGCGGACAUUUUCAUGGAUAAUUUCGAAAAACAACAUAUAGUUGUCAAUCAAAAUAUCUUAUAUUACUAUCGAUAUGUAGACGACAUAAUUAUUUGCUGGACUGGCACAAGGAGACAACUGGAUGUUUUCCUCAAUAAAAUAAAUAGAGUCCAUGACAAAAUUAAAUUUAAACUUGAGUUGGAACAAGAUUGUUCCCUUAAUUUUCUGGACUUAACAAUAACAAGAAAAGAAUCGUCACAUGUUUUCCAAAUUUAUAGAAAGCCAACUCACACCGACACGGUCAUCCCCGCGUCAUCAUGUCAUCCAUGGCAACAUAAAGUAGCCGCUUUUUAUUGUUACAUUAACCGUUUGUUCACUGUCCCAUUAAGUAAAGAAAAUUAUUUAAAAGAACUUAAUAUAAUUUAUCAAAUAGCGGUCUCUAACGGUUUUUCAAAAAAUCUCAUUAACAAUUUAAUUAAAAAGAAACAAAAGCAUGUUAUUCGCAACUCUCUGUACGCGGUUCAACCUCAAAGUAUUCAUCGAUAUGUGAGCAGUUUGACCUACUUAGGUCCCAUAUCUGAAAAAGUAGCUAAUACUCUUCGAAAAAACGGCGUUCAUGUGGCGUUCAAAACAAACAAUUCUCUUAGAAAUAUCUGUAAUAGUAAAGAUAAGUUGGAUAUUCGUCAAAAGUCAGGUGUUUACAAACUUGUUUGUGACGAAUGCCACGCCGUUUACGUGGGUCAGACUGGUCGCAAUUUCGAGACACGUUAUAAAGAGCAUUUAGCCGCGUACAGGAAUUGCAAUCCCGAUAAAUCCCAUUUUGCCAAACAUCUUUUGGACACUGGACACAACCUAGCCAACGACCACUCCUUUAAAGUCUUACAUACGUGUAAUAAAGGGCUGCGGCUAUGUGUGCUGGAACAGUUAGAGAUAUUAAAAAGUAAUAAAAAUACCGUUGCAUUGCUGAAUGAACAAACAAAUGUUACUAACUCACCUCACUUAAAUAUCUUCAAGCCUGCUCUCUAA